AUGGACAAUUCCACCACCACACAGUAUCCCAACCUCAUGCACAAAGUCAUGCGUGAAACUGACCCAAACGACCUCACUCUCCUCUGAAUUCACUCCAAGAAAAAUGAAAUAAUGAUUGCACCAGAUAAAGAUUAUUUCUUGAUUGUGAUUCAGAAUCCAACUGAAUAAGCCACCCUCUUGGCUCCCUGUGUUAUUUAAUUUAAUG